UUGAGUGAUCAAAUCACGGUUAAACAGCGGCACUGACAGCUCUUGGCCACCAGUUCUGCGUUCUUAAUAAUGUACUGCUACUUUUCGAACAUGAAAUCUCAUCAAGCCUUGCAUUUCUUUAUUCUACCCAGCCUCCUGGUUCUGCUUCUCCCUUUUGGGUGCCAGGGGUCGCAGGUCAAAGCUGCCCGGCUGCACCGCUGGGUGACAGCGGGCUUCCAAUACCUCAAGUCCGGCAGUCUGUGUCGCCCUCAGCGGGACUCGUUCCUUUCCGAAACGGACUGUCAGAGGCUGGCUCAGGUACCUCAAACAGAGGUGUUAGUUUAUGUGUCCGAGCCGCGUCCAGGUGAGAAAGUCACCAUUGUGUUGCCAGAUUCUGGAGGCAGCAAGUCUGCGGCAGGGUCUGUGGCAAGGUCAUUUUCCCGGGAAAGUGAGAUCGGAAACCACACAGGAAUUAUGACAGAGGAUACGAAGCAGCACCGUGGAUCGCUGCCUUUGUCUUCCUCUAGGGUACAAAAGGCAUCUUAUGGGGUGCUCAGGGGGUCAUCACCGCUACUUGGAGGACCCACUCCAGCCCAUGACGCUGUGUUGGCUCUGGACCCCAGCCCUGAUGCCAGUUUUGGGCACCCAGUCCUCGUCUUCUACAUUGACUUUAAUGUGAACGAAAAGAAAUGUGAGCUUCGAGAUGGCGUGUACCUAGGUCACCUCGAAUGUAUGACCUUAGCGCUGAAGAAUCGCUGUGAGAAUCUACUGAAAAAAAGAUCUGGUCGAAGCCAUAGACAGGGAAACAAAAACAGGGCAAGAAGAAAUCCCCAGCUUGAAGAACCUGAAGGUUCAAGGAACCAAGAACCUGAAGGUUCAAGGAACCGAGUCCGAAGAGAGGAACUGUUGGUUGGACUCUGUGAGAUACACUUUCUUCCCUUAGUGAUUGGAACAAAGGACCCCAAUAAGCAGCAAAGGCUUCAGUGUAUUGAGCACAGAGGGUUUGGUCCCUGUCCGAGGCCACUUCCAAUAACCAGCCCUAGCCCUGUGGUAGAGACCUGCGAGCUGAACAAGAAUACAAGGCGCUGCCAUCGGCAAAAGCUGUUGUCUCACAAGUCCUGCCGCAUGUACCAGACUUGUGACCACGCAGUCCUCAUAUCAGGAGGCUGGCAGGAACAAAUCACUUACCCUCGCCACGAGAACAAUAUUGGAAAUAUGUACAAGAUGCUGCAGAGGAAUGGGUUCCGGAAAGAGCACAUAAAAACAUUCUUUGCUGGAGACGGACAGCUUGCAGUUGAAGAAGAAGCAGCUGAUGUGUUUCCUGCCAUGGAGAAAGUUAUGAUCCGGAGUCAUAUUUCCUUUUUGUGUCGUGCACCAAACUGUGCUGGAUCUUUAGUGCUGUACCUGAACAGCCCAACAAGGAAUGAUGGUUCCAUGCUCCUCUGGGACAUCAAUAAGAAUGGCAUUGCAGACCCAAAAGAGAGAUACUUAGUGAGUGAGCUGCUGGCAGACCUGGAGAACUGCAAUGCCAAGAAUGUCUUCCUGUUCAUUGAUCAGAGCUAUCCAGGUACUCUUAUUAAAAAACUGCUAUCCUCUUCAAAGCACAGGAAUGUGGCCUUGAUCAGUGCUGCACAAGGCUCCGAGUUUGCCUGGGGAUCAAAAUUCACAGAGUUCUGGGGAACUCUUCAGCCAGACCAGUGUAUUAUUAACCACCUUCAGAAGCCUGGAACAUUGUCACCAUUCUCAACUCCAACAAUGACUGAGCCCUCACCAGGCCUACUCAACAUUAGUAUCCAUGGAGCUCCCUGUGAUAUCAUCCCGCCCUUGACAGAUCAUGAGCUGAGGAGGUACAUGGGCUGCCAGAAUGUCCCUACAAUGAUUUGGUUGAAGGCUAUCCAGAGGAAAGAGGAAAAACAGAACUAGAUGUGCUGCAAAUGGACAGCAGAGGACAGACUGAGGGGAAAUGUGGUCUGGCCGUCUUUCAAAAACACAUCAAAACAUAAUGAUGAAGAUGAAUGCCAGUUUUAAUUUAAUGUAAAAUGUCUCAGUUUUCUGGUUCUUCAGAUAACAGCUAACAGUUUAUAAUGUGUGAUUUGUAGAGCAUAAGCAAGGGAGGCAGGCUAAUAUAUUCACCUUUUAUUUAUGGAAAAAGAUUAUUAUGGCACAAAAACUCAAACAUUCUAAAUGGCUAGAAGUAGAAAUGUGGGCAGCUACAAUAAGUCGAGACUUAGAAGGUGCAGUAUUAGGACUGGGACUUGACAACCAAGUGUUUUUUUUUCAUUUAGAAGCCACAAAUGGCUAUACAUAUGUAUAUUACACUCAUCUGCCAUAUUUUGUUGGGCUGUAAUGUUUUCAUUUUGUAUUGUUAUCAUUUUCUUAGGUUUUAAAAUGAUUAUAUCCCCAAAGUGAUCAGACUUGGUAAUGGCUGCAAACACACACACACACACACACAC